AACUACCAAAAUUCAAUUGUGAAAUAUGUGUUCUAUGUUUGUCACUUCCACGUACAACAUCUUACAAUUACUUUAUUUGUGUCUUUGUUAAUUCAAUUCCUUACUUGGUCAGUAUCAUUCCACGCUUCAUGUUCUUUUCUCUAUCAUAUGAUUCUCUAUUGCAAUUGCCACCACCAACCCACAACACUUCCAUGGCUUCACGCUCCCCUCGGCUUCUAUCACUAGCCAGAAGGGCCUUUUCUUCAUCAUCUUCUCAAGCGAACGGGGUUUCCUUAGUUCAAGGAGCUUCCAGAGGAAUCGGCCUUGAAUUCGUGAAACAAUUGUUAGAGAACAAUGAUAAAGGACAUGUUGUUGCUACUUGCCGUAAUCCUAAUUCAUCAACUGGGCUUCUUCAAUUGAAGGAUAGAUUUGAUGAUCGUCUUCAAAUUUUGCCUUUGGAUUUGACUGUUGAAAGUUCUAUUGAGGCAUCUGCAUUGUCGAUAAAAGAGACUUACGGGCAUAUAAACCUUCUCAUUAAUGCAUCUGGGAUUCUUUCAAUACCUCGAGUAUUGCAACCAGAAACCACAUUGAGCAAAUUGGAGAAGUCAUCUUUAAUGCUUGCGUAUGAGGUUAAUGCCGUCGGUCCUAUCUUGGUUAUCAAGCACAUGUGGCCUCUUCUAAAAGCUGGAGGCGGCAUUGGGACCGAAAGAAAUGGUGCAGUUGUGGCUAGUUUGAGUGCAAGGGUUGCAUCUAUUGGCGACAAUCGUAUCGGGGGUUGGCAUUCGUAUCGAUCUUCGAAGACUGCUCUUAACCAAUUGUCGAAGAAUGUGUCGUUGGAAUUUGCAAGGAAGAAGGAUCCAAUCAUAUGUAUUCUAUUGCAUCCUGGUACAGUUGACACAGAUCUUUCUAAGCCAUUUCAGAAAAAUGUUCCUAAAGAAAAGCUCUUCAGCAAAGAGUUCUCAGUCCAAAAGCUGUUACACAUUAUUAACAAUGUGAAGAGCCAAGACAAUGGCAAGUUCUUCGCAUGGGAUGGUCAAGAAAUUCCUUGGUAACCUGUCAUAUUCAUGUCGAAUAACAUAGCAUGUAAGAAUGUUACUGAUAAUAAGUGUCAAACCCGCACUCAAUAAUAUUGGUUACUAGUCUCGUAUGUCCGAGGUCGAAGUCGAAUGACUCAAGUUUUGAUGUUGAACUUGAUUCACUGACCUCUAAACGUGAUCAAAUAGUCUAUUUUCACUACAGGCAAUCUGAAUAUGAUGGUGGAGAAGUUUAUUGGAGGAUAUAAUAAUUUCAGAAGAAAUUUAGGUGUGGUAGUUUAGUAUGGGAGAAAGUGAGAAGUGAAAAUGAUAAGAUUCUACAUGAUGUGACUCGAGUGCAAACUUACGCACUUAACAGACCAACUUGUGUAUCAAUCAAAUGGCCAUAUGAAUAGAGUUAGUGUACUAUUCAGCAAUGAUUACCAUACCUUACAAGUUACAACUAGAUGCAAUGUAUCCUGCAAAACUACAUGAGAUAAUAAUAAAAUUUAGAUUUGUUUGGUGUAA